AUGUCUAAAUGUGCCUUUGGAGUGCCUAAAGUGGAAUAUCUAGGCCACUUCAUUAGCGGUGAGGGGGAGUCUACAGACCCCAAGAAGAUUGUAGUAGUUGCACAAUGGCCUAUUCCUGGCAAUAUCAAGCAGUUGAUGGGGUUCUUGGGACUUGCUGGAUAUUACAGAAGGUUUAUACAAGGAUUUGGAUCCAUUUGUAAGUCAUUACAUGAGUUACUCAAGAAGGAUGGAUAUACUUGGACUGAGCAUGCUACAACAACAUUUGAGGAACUGAAGCAAGCCUUGAUUUCUGCCCCAGUAUUAGCUAUGCCUGAUUACUCUAAACCUUUUGUGGUGGAAACCGAUGCAAGUAGGAAGGGAAUUGGUGUUGUGCUAAUGCAGCAAGGCCACCCUAUAGCCUAUAUUAGCAGAUCACUGGCUCCUAGACACCAAGCCAUGUCUGUCUAUGAUAGGGAACUAAUGGCUCUUAUAUUUGCUGUGGCUGGUAUUCCCAAACUAAUGGCUUUCGACUUUUCAAUUGAAUAUAAGAAGGGUAUAGACAACAAAGUUGUUGAUGCCUUAUCUAGGAAGCCUGGUGCUGAGUUAUUAUCUAUCUCCUUAUUGACACCUAAUGAUUCUCUAUAUGAGCAGAUCAAGGGAACUUGGUUAACUGACGCAUCUUUGCAGACUUUGAUUACUAAAUUACAGGCUCAGCCUUUCAAGUCUUUUGCUUGGUGUAGUGCUCAGCUUAGGUGGAAGGGUAGAUUGAGGCACAAGUAUGAUGUUUUUGCCUAUCCAGGUUUACUGCAACUUUUGCCUAUUCCAGAUGGAGUAUGGACUGAUGUGUGUUUAGACUUCAUUGAGGGCUUACCUAAGUCUAAUGGCAAGAGUGUUAUCUUGGUGGUGGUUGAUAGGUUGAGCAAAUAUGGUCAUUUCAUGAGCCUACAACAUCCUUAUACUGCUCAAUCCGUAGCACAGUGCUUCUUGGACAAUGUUUUUAAACUUCAUGGCAUACCAGCUACAUUAACAAGUGAUAGAGAUCCUGUGUUCCUUAGUAAAUUCUGGCAAAAAUUGUUUACAAUACAAGGGGUUCAGUUACAGAGGAGUACUGCUUAUCAUCCUCAAACAGAUGGACAAAUGGAGGUUUUGAAUAGGAUAUUGGAAACUUAUCUGCGAUGUUUUUGUUCUGAUAGCCCUAAGGAAUGGUCAAGUUAUUUACCGCUUGCUGAGUGGUGGUAUAAUACUACUUAUCACACUGCUAUCAAAUGCACUCCUUAUGAAGUUUUAUAUGGUCAGAAACCCCCUAUUCACCUUUCUUACUUAGUAGGUGAGUCUUCAUCUGACAUGGUAGAUAGAUCAUUGGCUGCUAGAGAAGCAAGCAUUCAUCUUUUGAAGUUUCAUAUUUAG